AUGAAUUCUCUAUCAGAUCCCGUCACUACGACUGCCACAGACAGGAAGGACAGCACGACCAUCAAGAGCCCUCAGACAGGAUUCAGAAACACUCGUCUCUACCGCAUUCUUAAGGCCAUUCCCCUGAUCCUUUUGGCUUUACUAUGCAACUACACCAUGGGUACCAUUCUCCAGAGCACAUACCCUUUCCUCAACGAGGCGAGCUCGUCUCUUGAACUUGAGCUCGACGAUAACGUCACCGUGCACCUACGGAGUUCCUUCUACGGCAUCCCAUGGCUGGAUAAAUUAAUAAAAGGGAUAGGCAUCAUAGCGCCCUUGUACUAUUUUAUCCACUACGUCUCGGGUCCUUUGGAGACUACACCACCUUCACCUUCGACGAUCAGUGACUCUCCGAUUGAUAUUCACGAAGCGAAGGCGCUCUUCCCUGCUGUUCUGAUCGGCUACUAUAUUCCAACAGUGGUACAAAAAUUGCCAAUGGUCUCGCUGUCUGUCCGCCAGAUAUUCUGCGGUUACUGGCAACUAUAUCCUAUUUGGCUGUCGAUCGUACACCAUGGACUGAGUCUCUGGUAUUCAGCCGCAGCAAGGACAACGGAUAUCAAACGACUACAGUCGGGAAGGUCAAGUUCAGACAAUGACAUGGUGCACGUACGGCGAGCGUAUCUGAUAACGGGAAGCAUUUCCGCUGCUGUUUACUUUUACGUUCGUUUCCUGUCUGGUAUUCCAACAUGCGAUGUAUUUAUCCGGGGAAUGUUCCACUCACCGGCCGCAGUAGCUGCGGCAGUUACUUCUGUGACGGAUGGCAUGGUCCCUGCAAUGAAGUAUGAUGCCUUUUUCACCUUUGUGAGUGGCCUCCUCUGGAUCAGUUUGACCUUCGGGGACCUGAAAGCCGAAGGGGUCCUGCGGUUUGGGACGGUCCGUGUUGUGAGUGUUAUGUUGUUGGUUGUAUAUUUCUUUGGCCCUGGCGCUGCGACAGCCUUUUGCUGGGGUUGGAGGGAAGAGAUACUACAUGUAGCGAAGCGAAGGUUGAUGGUUUAGUUUCUGGAGGUUGGGUUAUAGGAGCGCAAUUAUAUGCAUGGGACGAUAGGCAACAGUGGGUUUCGAAUAAGGCGUUCCUUAACUCGUAUACAGGAGAUAGCCCAUUCACGUACCACAAUAAGAGAUGUAGAUGUUAUUUUCUCAUACAUAGGUUUCCGCUGAUGCUUUCUUUGUCGAUCAAUCCAUAGGUGGCAUCUCUAAGAGACAGUACAGUGCCUGGACAGUAACUUAGUUUCCCCAAGAGCAGUAGUUAGAAAAAGGCCGAUGUAUAUACAUCCUAACAUGAAGCCAGGAAGUAUCGUUAUCCCCACAAGAGCUACUAGUUGGCUAGCAAGUUCCCACUUGAUCGCCCACUGUGGCGAUUUAUUCUACUUUACCCUACCUGCCCACUUGA